AUGCGACACUCCCAUAUCGCUGCCGCGGCGCCACCUACUUCCGGUGGCGAUGCCGCUUCUUCCGCACUCUCUGUAAUUAAGCGUGGCAAGAAGCGUGGAAGUUACAGCUGCGGCCGUUGCGGCCUCCCCAAGAAGGGCCAUAACUGCAUCGUCAAAACUCCCACCCUCAACGUCGUCGACACCCCAACCGAUUCGUCUCUAUCUGUCAUCUCUGCUGCCCCCUGCUCCGCUACACCCGCACUCCGUCAGCAGCCGUCGCACCUCCGCCGCGCUCUGUCGUUCGACGAUCUUGCUGGCGGGCUCGAUCCCGACGACGGGGCGGAUGGAGAUUCGUUGGCUGAGCCAGAUCUGGAUCUGGAUCUGGAUCUGGAUAUUGAUUCGUGCGGGUUGCCGGCGAUCCUUCUGUGGGAAGUGCUGAGGAGACUGCCGCCGGCGAGCCUGUUGGCGGCGGCGAAGGUGAGCAAGGGUUGGAGGGAAACAGUGAGAAGGCUGUGGAGAGCGACGGAGGAGCUUAAACUUAGGGUUCCGGCAAGCGUUCAAGUCGGGUUUGUCGCGUCGAUGUUGCAGAAGUGCCCCGGGAUUAUGAAGCUGUCUCUUAGAAUGGAAAGUGAUUUCGAUUCAACGAUGCUGGCUUGCAUUGCGUUCUCAUGCCCUAAUUUGGAGUGUAUGGAGAUCUCGACAUUUAAUACUGCAACCAAUCGUAUUAAUGGGGACGAAUUAGGGCGAUUUGUUGCUGAUAAAAGAAGCCUCAAAAGCCUCAAGAUGGAAGGUUGUUCUAAUCUGGGGGGUUUUGUCCUCUGUUCAUCUAGCCUUUCUACACUUUGGCUGUCAGAUUUACAUUCUCUUUCUAAGAUGGUAUUUAACUGCCCCCAGUUGAUAGAGAUCUCCUUGGAGUUUUCUUGCCAAGAAAAUGAUGGUACUGAUCUCUCAACUAUGAUUGAAGGUUUGGGAAGAAGUUGCUCAAGAUUGCAGAACAUACAUAUAGCUUCAACGCGGCUUUCUCAUGCUGCUGUCCUUGCUCUCACAGCUGCUCAGUUGAGGUGGCUGCGAAUGCUUUCUCUUGUUCUUGGAUCUGAAAUUUCUGAUGCAUCUGUUGCUGCAAUAGCCUCAAGCUAUCCAAAUCUAGAAUUGAUUGAUCUCAGUGGAUCUGGAAUAAGUGACAGUGGCAUCGGAAUGAUUUGCAAUGUGUUCCCGGAAACGCUGUCCAGACUCCUUCUUGCUCUUUGCCCUAACGUGACUUCAAGUGGCAUUCAAUUUGCUACAGCUCAGUUGCCGCAUCUUGAACUUAUGGAUUGUGGCAUGACCAUAUGUGAUCCGAAUAUCCAAAAUCCAACAUCUGGCGAAAACAACUGCAAAUUACAGAAAACCUCCGGCGCUAAUCUACAACUUACGAACCAAAAGCUAAUCAUCAAACAUAGCCAUUUAAAGAAACUCAGUUUGUGGGGUUGCAGUGGCUUGGAUGCCCUAUACUUGAACUGCCCACAACUCAAUGAUCUGAAUCUAAAUUCUUGUAGAAAUUUGCAUCCAGAGAGACUAUUGCUUCAGUGCCCCACUUUAGAAAAUGUGCAUGCAUCAGGUUGUCAGGCUAUGUUAAUUGAGGCUAUCCAAAGUCAGGUCUGCAAUGCUUUUACUGCUAUGGAAAACCAUUCACCUACUAAACGUCUACCUGAUGGCUCCAAAAGGGUUCGGGUUCCUUAUUUACUCAGUGGCGAGAUCCCUGAACAUGAAAAAAAGAAGAGGAAGAUCGAGAGACGACCUUGUAAUGUUCUUGUAGACUGA